AUGUCAGAUAAUUUUUCAACAACUACAACUACUGGUGCUCAAGUUGGGUAUAAAAGGAGUGCUUACAUGGGAAGCUAUAGACAUGAUUUAUCGGAAGCUAUAAGAGCAUCAUCUGCUGCUCCAUAUUAUCUUGAUGAUUACUCUGAUGAUGCAAAAAUUGACGCUCUUGUUUCAAUUGGUUGUUGUUCUGUUCCAAUCCAGUUGAUGAACGUUGUGAUAUGGAGUUGGAUGAAACGGACCACACAGUCUGGCUUAAGUUGGAGGCAGCUACAGAGGAGUAUAUCCAGAACCAUUCUACAGCUUUUAAAAAAGCAUGUGGAAAGAUUGUUGCUGAACCAUAGUGAGGAAAAGUUGCUAGAUAAUCUCACCUCUCAGCCUUCUUUGAAGUCAAGGGGUCCAAAUACAGAGCUUGAAGAUCUUAUGGUGAGAUGUGAUGAUGCUAUGCCACCUACCAACAAAUUUGAGGUGGAUGCCUUAGAAAAUGUUCUAAAAGAAGCUGAAUCUUUGAAUUUGGAAUCUAAGCUCAGUCCUGCAUCUUCAGGGUAUACAAACCCUAAAAUAUUGGCAAUUGAAGGUGGAAGCAAUAGUGGCCUACUUGUUGGAGCUUGCAUUAAUCAUAGGCCCGAUCUAUUCGGAGGUGCACUUGCUCAUGUUGGUGUAAUGGACAUGCUCAAGUUUCAGAAGUUCACAAUCAGUCAUGCGUGGACUUUUGACUAUGGUUGUUCAGACAAAGAAGCCAUACAUGGCUUACACAUGGUCCUAGGACCCUACGUCAUCACAAGCCACAUGAUCCUUUAUACUUCUUCUAAUUUAUGA